AGGGCUGGGGUGGCGCGGGUCGUGGAUGCGCCGACGCUGUGUGGCGUAGGGCAGAGAGAAGGGCUGGGGUUGUAAGUCGGCCCCUAUCUAGGAGGGGGCAGCAGUCUCUCUGCAUGCAGGGCCCAGGAACAGUUUGCCUUUCCGUGACCUCUCUUAGCUCUCUCCUACAGUCGCAGGCCAUUUUGCAAACUCUUCUUAGGGCUCAGAACCACCCUGCAUCCUUCCGGGCUGGGGGGGAAAUCCCAUCCCUCCCUGGAGAGCUGGUCUGAGGAGGCCAGGGAAGCAGACUGAAGUAUCAGCUCCAGUCAUUGCAUUGGAAUCCCUGGUAUGAGACAAGAAGAGAAGGCUUCGGGUACAGUGGGAUUACUGCUGCAUUGUUAUGAAGGCAGCCACAGCCACCAUACUUUUCCUAGCUACCUUCGCCCUGCUCUCUUCAGGGAAGAAGUUCAGAUGGUGCACGCUGUCUGACCUGGAGCAGAGGAAGUGUGCUGAGUUAUCUAAAGUACUCCUGGCUGUCCUACCUCUGGCUACAAUCAACUCCUUUGCUAAGGUUUCCUGUAUCAGAGCUCAAAAUACUCAUGACUGUAUCGACAAGAUCAGGGUGAAUAAAGCAGAUGCUGUCUCCUUGGAUGCUGGAGAUGUUUAUUCUGCUGUGAAGCUAUAUGGCCUAACUGUGGUGGCAAAGGAGAUCUAUGAGGAAGGAAACUGUGUGUUUGCUGUGGCCAUUGCCAGACGAGGAACUUUGGAUAUCCAGAGGUUAAGGGGGGUGCGUAGCUGCCACAAUGGAGCCAGGUGGACAUCAGGCUGGAACAUCCCACUGGGCUUCCUCCUGGCUAGGAAUGAGCUCCUCUGGGAUGAGGAUCAGCCUCUGAGCCAAGUGAUCAGUCAAUAUUUCAAUGCCAGCUGCAUCCCUGGUGUUGGCGUCACCUCUCCUCAGCUCUGUGCUCUCUGUCAAGGACCGAAAUCCUACGUUAGGAACAAGAACCACUUCUGUGAGACCAGCAGCAGUGAGCCCUUCUACGACUCUGAGGGAGCCUUCAGGUGCUUGAAGAAUGGGGUAGCAGAUGUUGCUUUCCUAGAUCACUUAACUAUAAUGAAUGGCACAGAUUCAGAACAAGAGGAAUAUGAGCUCUUGUGUCCUGAUGGAUCCACAGCGAAGCUGAGUGCCUAUGGCACCUGUAACCUGGGUCGUGGGCCUGGGCGUGCCAUCAUCAGCCGCCACAACUUCCAGAAGAUCACCAAGAAAUUCCUCACCCUGAUCCAGCAUCUCUUUGGGCAGAAGGGAAAAGAAAGGGCCAAGUUUGAGCUCUUCACUUCAGUGCCAUUCAAGGGGAAGAACCUGCUGUUCCACGAUGCCACUCAGCACCUGCAGCUGCUCAAGGACAAAGCACAGAUCUCCCAUAUCCUUGGCCUGGACUACGUAGCCCUCUUGAAGGGACUAGGCCAUGAAGGGAGCUCACUGGACAACAGUGUGGUACGCUGGUGCUGCAUCAGCAAUGCUGAGCUCCGCAAGUGUGAAGAGUGGGCCCUGAACAUUAAAUCUGACCCCCUUGUCUGCGUCCAAGCCGCUUCAAUGACCAACUGCAUUGAGCUGAUCAAGAGUAAUGAGGCCGAUGCAGCCACGCUGGAUGCCACGCAUGCCUACAUUGCAGGGAUAUGUGGGCUGGUCUCAGUAGCUGCAGAAUGUUAUGGAGAGGGGUGUGCCCCAGCUGCUGGGAGAACAAAGAAGCUGACCCACCUUGCAGAUAAAGCACUGCCACCUGUCUACGCUGUAGCCCUGGCAAAGAAGAAUGCCAGGCAUGUAAAUAUCCAUAACCUGAGGAGACGGCGUUCCUGCCACAGUCACCUGUACAGUCCUGGGGGGUGGCUGCUCCUCUCCAGGUACACAGUGGGGGCUCUGCAGAACAACACUGUGAACUGUGAUAUCGGCUCUGCUUACCAGAGUUACUUUUGGAAGGGUUGUAUGCCAGGAGCAGACAGGAACCUAUGCAAAGUCUGUAUUGGAGGUGGUGAGAUGGAAGGGGAGAAAGAGUCCAGCAGGUGUGCUGCAAAUCAUAAUGAACGCUACUAUGGGAACAUGGGUGCACUCAGGUGUCUAGUCGGCAGUCCCAGUGGAAGGAGCUUUGGGGACGUGGCUUUCCUGGAACAUCAUAACCUGCUCAAGAAUAUUGAAAGUCUGCAAAGCUCAGGUUGGGGUACAGGUUAUACCCUCAACGACUUUGAGCUGCUGUGUCUGGAUGGAAGGCGUGUAGCAGUCACGGACUGGGCAGACUGUAACCUCGGCCCUGUUCCUCCUAACAUAGUCAUGACUCGACCAGUGACUACCACCAAGAUCCAUGGCUUCCUGAUGAAAUCCCAGGAAACUCUGGAAACAAAUCUGGAUUCUAAGUUCCAUCUGUUUCACUCACAGAAGUAUGGAGAAAGUGAUCUGCUCUUUAAAGAUGCUACUCAGUAUCUUGUUCACACAAGUCACCUGGGCUAUCAGUCAAUUCUUGGAGAGCCCUUCUUUCAGCUGGCAGAAUCUGUGUUUAACUGCACACAUGCAGACAUCUUAGAAUUCUGCAAACAGGAUAUCUGCACAUCUUAGAUAUGCAGACAUAUCUUCAGACACGACACACAGAAGUUCCGCAAGACAUCCACCACUGCCACCCAAGUUGAAAUCAAGAGAUGCCAAGAGGAUUUUCACCACUUGAGACUGGCUAUUUUCUGUUUCAUAAAAGCAAGACAGACCUCGUUUAAAUACUGAAAAAACCCAAACCUUGCAGUUACCUUGCACCUACUAAUAUAUACACUCCCCCAUUCCCCAUGACGACUACUGGGCUGGAGGUGCUGAUAAUGCUUCUCAAAUGUCACUCCCAUUUCCUAUCCAGAAGCACUGCCUGUUACCUACGUUCACUCCACUUGGUGUGGAGUAUGGCACCAUGCAGAGCAGUACAGAGCAGACAGCAAACCUUGAGACUGGGCCACUGGCAUCAGAAAAGCAGCACCAGCAAUUAAGAUCAAAACGCAGUAUUUCCAGUUUAAACCCCACUCCCCACCCCCACAAUUCAGCAUCUUUAUAGGAAGGACAGGGGCCAUGCUGAGGGCCACAUUGGGCCUAGGAAUUAUUCCUCCCUUUACAGACCAAGUACAUAACACAGGUUAGUGCGUCGUUCCCCUAACAUGUUUUAUUUAUACUACAUUUUCAUUUAAAACAACUUGUUAUCUGAGGUAACUACAACAUUACUUUUAUAUGCAUAGAUCUUGCUAUAGUUAGCCGCUACACACUACCUAUAUAUUUACAUCUAGCACAGACAAGCAAUAAGUGUAUCCAUUUCUGCUAUGAAUAGGGAAGGGUUUAUUUCUCUUCUGUUUGUAUGACCAACCAAGAAUGUGUACCAAAUGAAUCAAUAGAUUUUGCAGUUAUCCCUUGGCAAAUUAA